AUGGGUGCAGAGGCUUCUAGAAAGCGACGAAAACUCUUUUUCGAAUCAUAUGCCGAGAUAGAUGCUCAAAAAGCUCGCGUUAAACACGAAGAAGACAUCAGAAAAACGAAUCAAAACGAGACUGAAAAUGACGAGAACAACGAUGAAUCCACCGACGUGAAAAUCGCCCGUCUAAUAUCCCUAUACCCUCGCUACGAUGAAGCCGCAUUGUUAGAUGUGCUGAUCUCGUAUGAAGGAUGUGUUGAAGCUGCAUCUGCCGCGUUGGACGUUGGAUCAGAUGCUGACCAAAGCCCAUCAUCACCACCUGCAUCACUUUCGGCCAGAGAAGCAGCGGCCAAGUCCGUUCCAGGGAUUCAAACAUCACUGUUUUCCUCCUUUACAUCCUCGUCACAAUCGUCUUCAGGCUGGGCGAAACCCCUCACCAAACGAGGCAAAACCCUCUAUCUCUAUUCACCUCAAGACGUCGCUAGCAACACUCCCUGCUCGAUUAUUCAUAAUUUUCUUCCGCCAGAAGAAGCCAACGACCUUUUGACGGAGCUGCUCGAAGACGCGAAAUCAUUCCAGCCCGAAACUUUUCAGUUAUUCGAGAACCAAGUUCAAAGCCAUCAUACCUCCUGUCGCUAUGUAUCCACCGACCACGAGAUGAUGAUAGAGCACGGCGCUGAAUUUGUUUAUAACGGUAUCGUGCGCACCGAUACACGGAAAAUAUCUUCUCGAAUGAAUGCUGUGUCUGAAAAAGUGCAGAAAGCGGUCAAUCAAGAAAUACAAAAGCGAAUAAAAACUCACUACCCGGAAGGGAAAAAGCUGAAAUAUCAGUCACCAAAGAACUGGGAGCCUAACGCAGCGAUUGUCAACUGCUAUACGGGACCUCAGGAGAAUCUAGGAUGGCAUUCUGAUCACUUGACAUAUCUAGGACCGAGAGCUGUCAUUGGCAGCCUGAGUCUAGGUGUUGCAAGAGAGUUUCGCGUGAGAAGGGUGGUACCUCGAGAUGGCGAUGAGGAAAAAGAAGAACAGGUGGUCCUAAAGUCAACAAAAAAUCGUUUCUCUGACAAAAUCGCCAACGCCCAGGGGCAAAUCUCAAUCCACCUACCACACAAUUCUCUUCUCGUCAUGCAUGCUGAUAUGCAGGAGGAAUGGAAACACUCGGUCCCAACGGCUCAGACUAUCUCGCCACAUCCGAUAGCUGGGAACCGGCGAAUUAAUAUAACUUAUCGAUCGUGUCGAGAGUCUCUACACCCGCGAAACAUACCACGAUGCCGGUGUGAUGUACCCGCUAUACUUAGGUGUGUGCAGCGAAAGCAGGGAACUCAAGGUCGCUAUAUGUGGAUGUGCUAUGCAGGAUAUUCUCCUGGGAGUAAAGGCUGUUCAUAUUUCCAAUGGGCACAGUUCGAUGAUGAUGGAGAACCGCUCUGGGAGAAGAUGGGCGUGAAGCCUUAUUCUCAUGGAAAGGCAUGA